AUGGCAAGAGCCUACAUGAAGUGUUCCACUUUGCUGAUCUCGAUGCUUUUCGCUUGCAGCGACGGCGCCUGCACUACAUCUGUUUUCAAGCUGUGCUUUGCUGCCCGGCCUGCAAUGCAAGACGCUCUCCUGGAGUCAUGUGCAACUGUCAGCCUGAAGGUUGUCCCAAAAGCUGCCCAAACAAGCAUCUAUCAUCAGGUGCAAUGCAUGCCUUGCUCUCUUCAAGCAAUGCCAUCACAAGCCCUGCAGUCAAACAAUAAGCGUGCUGAUCACACAUGCAGUGAAAGCGGCCCAUCAUCUCAAUUGUACGCAACACUGCUGUGCAGCCCCGGGCAAAAUCAACUCCACCUCAAACCCGCAAUAACCUGCCUCUAUGUAUGCUGCAUCGGAAAUGUGCACAACCUCUCUGGCCUAAGAGCUAUUCAAACAUGA